CAGACAACUUAAAUUUUGGAAAGGUGUGGUGUGCAGUACACGCGGGCCGCAAAGUCGAGUCGCAAAAAGCCUUCCGAUUAGGUGAUUCCCAGCUGCAGAUCAGCCGCGAAUAGCUAGCUCCAUGGUCACACGAUUACAAAGAAAUAGCUGAUUACCAAUCACUGAAUGAACGAAUCAUGAAGAUCGUCGAAUAAAAGAGGAGCGUUGAAUUUAAGUUUUGACAUCACAUUACAGACUGGCGCGAUUGAAGUUGAACAUACAAAAAUUACAACGUAAAAAAGACAAGAAAACAGCAUCGUCAUUGAACAAGACAUGGCAACUCCUCUUGUAAGACAAGCUGCUGAAAUACACAACAGAUCAAGAGGUGAUCAGCCUAUCAUUGCAGAAUAUCUGGAACUCUACCAGCAGAAUGAAGUGGAUCAGAUUCUCCUACCAGAGCAAACUCAGUGUCUGGCAGUCAAGACAUUCCUCCACAUGUGCAAUGUCAAGUUCCAUCUCAAGAUGCGCUCCAAUGCUGAACAGAUGUCACCAUCCAAGGGUCUGCCAUUCAUCAAAAUGGGUCCACAGAUUAUCUCUGAGUUUGAGCCCAUUGUAGAACACCUGUCACUCAAGGGUGUGAGUCUAUCAGGUGAACUCAGUGGCUCUCAGAGGGCGCUGUUGAAAGCGUACAUGUCUCUGACUGUCAACAGAUUACAUUUGGCCGAGCUUUACAUAACUUGGUGUGACAAGUUGACAGUGGAGGAGAUCACCAAGAUACGAUAUGGCUCACCCUACUCCUGGCCUCUAACCAGGAUCCUGCCGUGGCUAAAACAGCAGGAAGUCGGGAGGUAUCUAGAGGCCCAAGGGUGGAACAACAAGACUAUAGACCAGGUAUACACAGAGGUAGACAUGUGCUGUAAAGCUCUAUCAGACAAGCUGGAGGACCAGUAUUACUUCUUUUUGGAUCGUCCAACUGAAUUGGAUGCUCUAGUCUUUGCUCACCUGUAUAACCUGCUCACCACCGAGCUGACCAGUGCCAAGCUGGCAGACAUUGUCAAAAAAUAUGACAACUUGAUGAGAUUCUGUGAGCGGAUUCGUCAGCGUUACUUCCUGGAGGGUGAGGAUGGAGAGGAUGGGUGAUGGAGCAUCAUAGAUGGUACUCAGGCUCUGUUGUUGCUUUGUGAAUUGGCUACCAGGGUGACAACCUGUAUUCAUGCGGCCAGAUUUAAGAGGCCACAGUGGCCAAUGUUUAUUGUAGCAAUGAGAAUAUCCGUGAGAAAUCUCAUGGUCGGCCAGUGGUAUCCACAUGCAUGACAGUGUUUUAUGGCAUUGUGAAUUUAACUCCUGUGCCAAUUAGAUAAGUGGUUGCUUGGCUGGGCGCCAUUAAAUAAACUCUAAGAAUGACACGAUGUGAGAAAAGCUUUCCACGGUGCAGUCCAAGCUCUGUUGUUGGCCUUUGAAACAAACUGGCCAUUGUCAUCUAUGAUUGUCAAUUAGCCAAGAAUGAAUCAUUAAAAGUUGAGUUGAUCGAGCCUUCAUUAGUAGACCACAGUGAACUGGCCACAUUGGUCAGGUGGCUAGUAGGCAAAGGUUCUGCAUAUGCAGUAGGUGUGAUAGCUCUCCUUGCUCAUGUAAAAUUAUCAUUUCACCUGUCGUUUUGAUCAAUUCGCUAAUUGAUCAAAAUGACCAAAUAGUCAGUAACCACCACCACUAUUACCAAUUAAGGUCUUUGUAUUUGCAAUAAGUGCUGACCCUCCAAAUGUUUUUUAUGGCUCUCAUUAAUGUUAUGCAUUGCCCCGAAUUGGCAACAAUGGCCAAGUGGUCCAUGGUCACAAGGCUUAUAGUGCAUAUGCAGUUUCUUUGAUGCCUACCAUCCUGAUAGAUGUACAUGUUAAAAUUGACAAGUGGUCACCAAUGAUAGCCACAUUGUUUAUUAGUCUUAGAUGAGAGGUACCAACCGAUAACUGACUGACUGACUGUCACGUGAAUUAGACUUGCUUAAGUGUCACCCUGACCAAAAAGUUUGAAAUAUAAUUACCCCUGAUGCCACUGAAUAGGCUGCAUCUGGCCCAUUGAGAAGGCCACAUGCAUGAAAAUACUCCCAGUGAUUAGGCUUUACCAGGCUUGCAUAAUAUAUAGUCUUGUUCUAAUCUGAUGGCCGCAUCAUAACUAACAUCAGUGCUUGGGUUUACUCAAUUUCUGUUGUAUUUUUAUUUUCUUUGGAGAAAUGAAGUGAACUUAUGGAAAGCUGAAACAGCUACAUGCACAUGUAGGUUUUGUUGUUGUAUUGAAAAUAUAAUGGCUGGAGUGAACUGAAUGUGUUCAAACUUUUGUGAACUUGACAUUGAUAUAUAAUAUCAGUACACCCUAUCUUUGCCAUACCCUUGGUUGAGCUAUUAAAUAAAAUGUAAUUUUCCUGGUUCAGUACAUGUAUUUGCUGGUUCAGUAAUUUAGUGAUCAGAACUGUUUUAUCUCCUUUCACCAUUAUGUGUACCUUCAUAAGAAAAUUGCUUAAAUUGAAGGCCAAUUUUUGGAUCCAGACCUUGUGCACCAGCUGCAGCAGUCAUCGUUGGUGGCGGUCUUUAUUCAAAGCCAUUGAAACCGACAGUAGUCAUCAUACGGCACGAACCGCCUUUAUGCAUGAAAUGAUAUACAGAGUGGAAGUCCAACUUUAAAAAAGCAGCAUGAAUAGCGCCCUCAUUCGGUUUUAUUGAAGUUCAAUUUUGUUGAGCCAGCAAUAUCCCGUUAUCGUUACGCAUUCCCUCCAUCCCCAAUGUUGGAAGUGAACACCUUGGAAUUAAAUACUCCAGCAGUUUCAGAAACCCACGAUACUCAUAUUGGGGAAAAGAGGAACAUGGAACUUUUCAUGAGACGGAGCAAUGAGUGUAGCAUUUCAUUAAACGCUGUACUUGUACUGGAACCAGAAAUAGAUGCAAAGUUUCCUAAAAUGAGGACUCAAAGGGAUGCAGCUUUGACGGUUUUAUGGUGUCAUUUGCAUUGUGUGAGUUGCUAUUGAAUGCAUUCUGUAGCCACAGGAGGUCAGAUGUCAAUUUUUCUUUGGCGACGAAUUUGUCACCUUUGCAUGACAACUUAUUCACAGAAAUGCUCAGUGAUUUUGAAGAAAAAAAAAGCGUUAGUGUACAACAUGCACUGUCCUGAAGUAGAAAUGUGGUCCUGGAAUAGGGGAGGGGCGGGGUUUUUCAACAUUGGGAGGGUAUCCGAAGAUGGGGUGGGUCUGAUACUGUGACCCGUUUUCAAAAAUAUUUUAAGUUUUUUUUCUUCUAUAAGGACAAUUGAUACCAAAAUCUGAAAGUUUUUAAUUCCCAAUAAAUGCAUUUGUACCCAAUUCCGUUAUUUAGGGGGCCUAUACCGUCCUUGCCCUUUAUGGGUAGAAACAAAUAGAUCAAUGGCAAGUAAUUCAUGUAAUGCACGUUAACCAUUGUUUAUGCUAAAAAUAGCUCCCAUAAUCAGCGAACUGAAUAUUUGAUGAAGAUUGAUGAUGAUACAAAGCUAGUUGAUUUUAUCAACCGUCGUACCGUAGUGUGUUGGCCUAUAGUAACCCAGCAACGGGCCUCUGUGCUUCUAGACUUACGCCUUUCUGCGGUUAUCGAUAAGUUGAAAUGAUUCGAUGAUGUAGUUGUGUAACUAAACUCCAGUCCAACCAGAUCGAUGAGUCUUAGUUGCUGUUAUUAAAGAGGAUCAAGCGACCUUGGGA